AACUCUGACUUCCUCUUUCUCUUUUCCGAUACGUUCGCGUUCGUGUAAAUUUGUGUUUGCAAAUCAAUCCAAGCCAUGGUGCGUAUGAACGUAUUGGCCGAUGCCCUUAAAUGCAUCAACAAUGCCGAAAAGCGCGGCAAGCGCCAAGUGCUGCUCCGCCCAUGCUCUAAGGUCAUCAUCAAGUUCCUGACGGUGAUGAUGAAGCACGGCUACAUUGGUGAAUUCGAAAUCGUCGAUGAUCAUCGUUCUGGCAAGAUCGUGGUUAACCUAACCGGUCGUCUGAACAAGUGCGGCGUCAUCUCGCCUCGCUUCGAUGUGCCCAUUAACGACAUUGAGAAGUGGACCAACAAUCUGCUGCCCUCUCGUCAGUUUGGCUAUGUCGUCCUCACCACAUCCGGCGGCAUUAUGGAUCAUGAGGAGGCCAGGAGAAAGCAUCUUGGUGGCAAAAUCCUCGGUUUCUUCUUCUAAAUAACAAAAUACCGUCAAACCCCCCAGAAAAUCCAAUAUAAAAAGGAAAUUGUAGCAGAAGGAGAAGCGGACGUAAACUGUGUGUGGACAGGAACAAAUGCGAAACAAAACUGAAGAAGAAACAAGGAUGGAAUUAAAAAGGAGAAGAUGGGAAUAUGUAGAAAGUUGUUUUAUUUCCACAUACAGAAUAACGUACAAAGAUAAACGCGAAAUAAAAUGAUUUAAUACAUAAUAAUUUUAAA